AUGGAAAACGAUAUUCUAGAUUCUCUAGAAGACUUGGGGUAUACAGGAGAAGUAUUGGAAGGAAAUGCUCUCAAUGCUGCCGUGGAAGAUGGUCAAGUUACGGCAGCCUUCACCCAGAUCGUAGAAUGGGUGACUCUACAGAUUAAACAGUUCUGUCAAUUAGAAGAAACAAUUAAUGCUAUUUCAACCUAUGAGUCUGAUGCACAGAAUUUUUUGAUGGAAUUGUCCAGUUUUCUGAGAGAAUUAGGAGGAUGUCCCUAUAAAGUAUUUAUGGAAGGGUCUGUAAAAGAUAGACUGCAAUCACGGCAAGAUAAACUAAAGCUACUGGACUAUUUAAUAGGUGAACUGAGUGCUAUUAAAAUUGUGGCCAAUAAAAAUCCCAGCUUGUUAAAACAGAAGAACGUAGAAAAUGGCCAAGUUUCUAAAGAACCGAGUGAGAGUGAGACUGCUGGUGUUUUAAAGGCAAUGUUAAUAGCUUUAAGUUUUCCUAAACCACCAGAGAAUAUAACAGCUUUUCAGUUGUUCAGUAAAUUGGAAGGAAAGGUUAAAGAACUCAUGUCUCAGAAUCCAGAGUUAUUUGGUGAAGCGUUACUGAAGGCGAGGCUAUCAGAACAACAGUGGAAAGACGUCCUGGAAGUCAAUAGGAUUCUAACGGAAGAAUAUAGAGUCAGACGUGAGAUGUUGUUAAAAAGAGUAGAUGUGACUAUCCAGUCAUUUAAGUGGUCAGAAAAAGCUAAGAGAAAUGAAAAUAAGAUAGCUGAAGUGUAUCAACCAAUACGACAAAAAUUAUCAUCCAAAUCUAAAAUAGAUGUGGCAGACAUCUUGGCUGCUAGAGAUGAUUUGACGAGAUUACAGAAAACUAGUAGUGGAGAAGCUCGAGAGAGAACUAAAUGUGCUAUAAAUAGAGUUCUUAUAGGAAAAGUUCCUGAUCGAGGUGGGAGAGCAUUUGAACUGGAACCACCCCCUCCUGAAAUGCCAGCAUUUAUGAAGAGAGUAGAUGCUCCACAAGGUGGUGGUCGUGGAGGAAGAGGAGGCGAAAGGGGUGGAGGAAGA